CCUGCCUCCUCCUUUCCUCUGCGCAGCAGAAGGAAAAGACUGCAGACCCCAGUGUGAAGAGAAUGGCUGUGACUUUAGAACAGGCCCAAAGGGCGGGCUAUAUGUUUCUGAAAGCACUCUUAAGAUUUGGCUUCAUGGUUGCUAAUAACCUUGUUGCUAUUCCGUCCUACGUUCUAUAUUUAAUAGUACUGCAACCUCUCCGAUUGUUGGAUAGUAAACGGUUCUGGUAUAUUGAAGGAGUAUUAUUUAAAUGGCUUUUGGCUAUGGUGGCAUCAUGGGGCUGGUGGGCAGGAUAUUCAGUUGUAGAAUGGGGAGAUGAUGUUAAAUCCAUCUCAGAAGAUGAAGCUGUGAUGCUAGUGAAUCAUCAAGCAACUGGAGAUGUUUGCAUUCUAAUGAUGUGCCUUCAGGACAAAGGCACGGUUGUUCGUCAGAUGAUGUGGCUGAUGGAUUAUAUUUUUAAAUAUACAAACUUUGGAAUUGUAUCUCUGCUUCAUGGAGAUUUCUUUAUAAGACAGGGAAAAGCUUAUCGUGACCAGCAGCUUGAACUUCUCCAGCAACAUCUAGAAAAAUAUUACAGGAGCCGUGAUCGAAAGUGGAUUGUAUUGUUUCCAGAAGGAGGUUUUCUUAGAAAAAGAAGAGAAACCAGUCAGGCAUUUGCCAAGAAAAACAAUUUGCCAUUUCUUACACAUGUUACACUGCCAAGACUGGGGGCCACACAGAUUAUACUGAAAAAUCUGGUAGCUCAGCAAGAAAAUGGAACUCUGGCAGGCGGAGAUGCCACAGAAACAGAAAGCAAAUCAAAAGGUCUUCAAUGGGUGAUAGAUACAACCAUUGCGUAUCCUAAAGCUGAACCUCUAGACAUUCAGACCUGGAUUCUGGGCUACAGGCGACCAACAAUUACUCAUGUACAUUACAGGAUUUUUCCAAUUAAAGAUGUACCUAUGGAGCCUGAAGCACUCGCUGCUUGGUUAUAUCAACGGUUCAUUGAAAAGGAGGAUCUCUUGUCACACUUUUACAAAACAGGAGCAUUCCCUCCACUGCGGGGACAGACAAAAGCUGUUUCCCAAGAAAUGAACCUUAGCAAUCUGUGGCUAGUUCUCAUACAGUCCUUUGCAUUUUUGUCAGGUGGUAUGUGGUACUGCAUUCUUCAGUAUUUUUAUCAAUGCCUGUUUUAAAAGGGACCUGAGGACACAAUGAGGAACCAGGUACUUUUACAGAGCGCAUCAUGUUAUGUGUGCAAAUGUGAAUGUACUAGGAAGGAACAUACUGGAUGGACUUUCUCCCCUUCUUUGAUGGAUUUUAAACUUCACUAGAAGUGAGAAUCAGUAACAUAGCAACCUAAUGAUGUAUUUUAAGAACUGUCCAUAUUUUUAAAUGGUGUGUGUCCCCCGUGUCCCCCCCCCAUGCACACCCAUCAGCAAAUUCGGCAUUUGAACAGGAGACACAGUUAUACAACCACCAUGGGUGAACAUCUGCAGCAAGAAUGCUUUCACCACAGGUAGUAUCCAGCAUUGUAGUUAAAACUUGGAGUCUUCAGCAACUUUCUCUUCUGUAGUCUGUACUGCAAGUCUUGUGAUAGAGAUCCCUCAUCUGCACAAACUCAAAUUGUACUGUGAUUAAUCAUUCUGGAUCAGUUUAUCCUAUUCUGCAAACCUGGUUAUGGUACUGUGACUGCCCCAUGUUACCCGUUAAGUAAGAGCGCUUUUUUUUUUUUUUUUUUUUUGGGAAAACAAUAUCUAUGUGAGAUCUUGUAUUAAACAUAGAAAAGGAAAACUAUUCUGCACAAAGGCAUUGCAGUGUCAGGAAGUAUUGAAAAAAAUGUGCAUACCUCAUAGAGCCAUUUAUUUCUGCCCUCUUUUUUCUGACUUGAAAUCUCUUGCAAGUAUCCCUGCUGUAAGGGUACUUCAAAAAUGGCACAUCAGUUUCCCAUUUUGGUUUUAGAAUGCAUUUCAUAAAUUGAUCAUCAUUUUUGCAAAAUGCACUUUUGAAAAUGCAAUUCAGUGAAGGAAAUGCACAUAGCUUGACAAAAAAUUAGUUGUUCCUAAGAGGUUGGAUUCUUGAGGGCUGUUAAGAAGUUAUGAAAGGUCUGUGAGUUUUCAAUGCUUAAGUGUACGAGUUGCCACACUCUAGCCAAAGUGGUUUUUUAAACCUUCCAGAGGCCUUCAUUUCCAUUUGACACAAUAGCACUAGAAACAUCUGUGAGAAGGUUUACAUGUAUAAAUGCCAAGCACCUCAGUACUUUGUUAAUAGGAAAAAGAAAAGGAAGUUAACAUAGUUCCAAAACAGAAUGAUAGUCACUGGAAUAAAAUAAUAGGAAAGUAUUUUGAUAUCCAGAGCUAUGGUAAAAACUACCUUUGAAGGGCAUUACUGAGUCUGCCACUUUGUUGAAAAAUGUCACUGUUAUAGAAAGGAAAUUUAGCUAAAGAGGCAGACAUAUCAUUAAAACAGGGUUUCAGUUGAUAAUGUUACCGUUCAUAAUGGUCUUGGAGAAAAGCCUUCUCUAUGUGUUAUCUAUCAGUCUUGGAAUGUUUGGCAUUAUGUCUAUGUGACUACAUAAAGAGAUAUAUAAAAGAAACCAUUCCUAGAAAACAGUUACUAAUUUACACGUACAGACCUGUAGAGUGAACUUUAAUGACAGAAUGUUGUCUUUUAUGGACUGUAUUAUUUCUAAGAGCAAAGCAAAGCCAACAGUAGUUGUCUGUGCUGAAUUUGCAGUAUAUAUUCUCCUGGGUUUCCCCCCACAAAUCACAUGAGAACCAGUUUUGGUGAGUAGUAUAUAAAAUAAAAAUAUAAAACCACAGCAUCAUAUUUUUCUCUUGUUUGAAGAGGGGAGGAGGGGCAAUCAAAAGAUGUAAACUUCCCCUAGUUAUGUGUGUCAAAUAUAUCAGUUAAAUAUGCCAAACAGUGAUCUUUACUCAUGAAAUUCAUUACAGCAUGGAUUAUAGCAAUGGUGCGUUCUAGAAGAUGCAGUGAUAUAUAUACAGCAGUGAUUAGUAUGAUACCAUUAUGGAUGAAAGUCAGAGAGUGGCAUUAAUGCCUAUCGUUUAACCUUGGACAUAAAAUACAUGUUUUUAAAUGAAGUUUUUUUGUCACAUGGACAGCUUAGUAUCAGCAUAAGAAUAAAAUCCAUUUUGAGCAAGAUCUUUCCUGCAAAAGGAAGCUAUUUGGAGGGGUCAAGGUUUUUUCCCAUUUCAUUAUCUUUGCCUUGUUGAUCCAUAUAGCUAAAGCAUUUCAAUGUGCCACAUUGCAGGAAAUUGUUGAGGAGUUCAUUCCCCGUCUCUUGAUCUAUAUAGCUAUAAAUCAGAGUUCCACUCUGGGAGACAAGCAUCACGGACCAGGAUGCAAAGCAUCAGCUGUUGUAACUGUGUCCUAUUUUGGAAAGGACAAGAUUCUAAAAGGAAGGUGUUUCUAAAAGUGAAUAGUAAAUGUCUACAUAUGCAUUGUACUGGUUUCUGAACGAACACCAGUCACCUGCAAGAAUACAGGUUCUUCCCCCUGCCCCCCAGCAUAUUUUUAACAGGUAUGCUUAACAGGCCUAGUACAAUACUAUAGAUACUGAGUUGCUGGCUAAUGAAACAAAAGUGGAUGGUCAUAUCAGCUCAGCAUUACCAGACAUUCUACCUAAAUUUGCUCCUUUCCACAUGACAGAAUGUCACUGUUUAAGGCACUGAUGGCAUUUGAAUAGGUAAUAUUUCCCUGAUCCCAAUUGCAUUUGUGUGAAGGUGUGUCCUAUUCCUUUUGUGAAACUCUCUACCAAGUAGCAUGUUUGGAUAUAAGCAGCAGUAAAUUGAUUAUAUUUUUGUACUGUCUAUACUGGAAAAUGUGAAGAACUUUAGGUCAUAAUGUCUGCUUAUGGAUAUCAGGAUAUUGCUAUUAAGAAUUCUGAAAUAAAAUGCACU